AUGCCUGAGACUACCAGUUACAAGCAGCAAAAAGAGGACUUCGUGUCCAACCUAUCUGGCGGCUCUGUCGCAGAAAUCAACUAUAUUACAUCCGUUGCAGCUGUAGCUAUUCUACUUUGGUCCGUCCUCCAAGCUCGCCAGUCCUUCUUUGAGCCAUACACGGUACUGGCUUUCGCUGUCGACUUCCUCCUCAAUGUUGGCGCAAUCCUUCUCUCGGUGACCCUUUACUCCAACUCGCCACUUCUACUCAACCUUCUCCUAAUUGCCCCCGCCAUCCUCGUCUUUACUCUACCACCCCGUUCUAUAAGUCGAAAAAAGAAGGCCAAGAUACCUCCCAAUGCCCGGUCCAACGAAAGCUCUGGGCAGCUGGAUAUCCUUUCAACAAAGCCUUUCCUCACAAACUUCCGUGGUUGCAUGAUGAUUGUCACAUGUGUGGCUAUCCUUGCUGUCGAUUUCCGUCUAUUUCCCAGACGCUUUGCCAAGGUUGAGACAUGGGGCACAUCUCUCAUGGACCUUGGUGUGGGAUCCUUUGUCUUCUCAGCUGGGCUUGUCGCAGCUCGUCCCGUGUUGCGAGAGAAAGCGACUGGUCGCACUGCAAGCAACGCUUCAUCCCUUUCCUACCGUAUCGUGCAGUCGUUGCGCCAUUCUAUUCCCUUGUUGGUCCUGGGUUUCAUACGGUUCCUGAGUGUGAAGGGUCUGGAUUACGCAGAACAUGUGACAGAAUACGGCGUCCAUUGGAACUUCUUCUUCACGCUCGGGUUCCUGCCUCCUUUUGUGGCUAUCUUUCAAUCGGUGCGCAAAUUGAUUCCUUCAUUUGCAGCCCUGUCGUUGUUGGUCGGCGUCACAUAUCAGGUCCUGCUUGAAACCACUGGUCUAAAGGCGUACGUCCUUACGGCGCCCAGGACCGAUCUAAUUAGCAUGAACCGUGAAGGAAUUUUCAGCUUCAUCGGCUACUUGGCCAUCUUCCUUGCCGGACAGGAUACGGGUAUGUUUGUCAUUCCCCGUAACCUCGUCCCCAAGAGUACUGCUAGUCCUGGAACUCAGCGGAACAAGCUCCUGAAGAUCACGGCCGUAUGGGGCGGAGUCUGGGCAGGUCUCUAUGUUUUGUCCACAAACUAUCAUUAUGGUUUCGGAUUAGCAGUGUCUCGUCGCAUGGCAAACCUACCCUACGUCUUGUGGGUUGUUGCCUUUAACACUAUACAACUCUUUGGGUUUGCCGUUAUCGACACAAUCUUCUUCCCUGCCCACUAUAAUGCACAUGAUGCGAAGACGGAGAAGGAAGCGUAUACACAUGCCACCAGUCGGGUGAUGCGAGCGUACAAUCGUAACGGCCUGGCUGUCUUCUUGUUGGCAAACUUGUUGACCGGGUUGGUCAACAUGACCGUCAACACACUUGACGCUACUCCCAUCACUACGAUGAGCAUUCUUGUUGCAUAUACCGCGACACUAACUGGUGUUGCUGUGGCAUUAGAUGCUUAUAAUAUCAGCAUCAAACUUUAA